AUGAGCGAGUUUCGUAUCCAUCACGACGUCAACGAGCUGCUGAGCCUGUUGGACGUGCGAGGAGGCGACGGAGCGGAAGGCUACAUCGACCUUCUGCAGAAGCACCGCGCACCUUACGUCACCACCACGGUCUCCGCCCACGGCGCCAAGGUCAAACUAGCAGAGUUCUCUAAGACGCCGGAAGACUUCCUGAGGAAGUACGAGGAGCUGAAAUCCAAGAAUGUCCGCCAGCUGGACCCGCUGGUCUACCUCCUGUCCCGCCUGUGCGAGGACCCUCAGACUCUGCGGCGCCUGCAGCAGAACGCCAGAGAUCGAUCCGAAGCCGGGGCGCCGCCGGCGGCGCCGAGCGCCACGGCCACCGGCGCUACUGUGAUGUCCAUGCGGGAGCUGGACGAGCUGCGUAAGAAGAUCGGCAACGCCACGGCCUUGUCCAGCGCCCCUCUGUCGACGGAGGUGACGCGUAAGAUGCUGCGCGACAAACACAACAAGAAGAACCCGGCUCAGCUCCACCCCGUCUUUCCCGGCUGGGCGUACGAGCGGCCCGCCCUCCUGGGGGACUUCGUCGCCGGCCCCGCCGUCGCCGCCGUCGACUCUGCCGCGGGUUCUCUGGCGCCGGCGGCGCAGGAGCACCUGGUUCUGGAGGACCUGCUUUUCGUUCUGGUGGGCGUGGACGGCCGCGACGUGAUCUCUCAGCCCGUCCUGGGCCGGCAGAACCGCUCCUUCGUGGUGGACGCCGCGCUGGACGCGUCCGUCAAGGAGCUGGUGCACCGCAUCCUUCCCGUGGCGUCCUACUACUCGGCCGUCACGCGUUUUGUGGAGGAGAAGUCGUCCUUCGAGUACGGGCAGGUGAACCACGCGCUGACGGCGGCCAUGCGGACCCUGCUCAAGGAGUACCUGAUCCUGGUGGCCCAACUGGAGCACGUGCACCGGCGGGGGCUGCUGUCUCUGCAGAAGCUCUGGUUCUACCUGCAGCCCACCAUGAGGACCAUGGACAUCCUGGCCUCCAUCGCGUCGUCGGUGGACAAGGGCGAGUGUAUGGGCGGGGCCACGCUCAGCCUCCUUCACGACCGCACCUUCAACUUCACGGGCGACGCCCAAGCGCAAGAGGUGUGUCUGUACCUCACCAAGGCCGCCAGCGUGCCCUACUUUGAGAUCCUGGAGAAGUGGAUCUACAGGGGCAUCAUCCGCGAUCCCUACAGCGAGUUCAUGGUGGAGGAGCACGAGUUGCAGAAAGAGAACAUCCAGGAGGAUUACAACGACAAGUACUGGGACCAGAGGUACACCGUGGUUCAGCACCGCAUUCCCUCCUUCCUGCAGAAGAUGGCCGACAAGAUCCUCAACACAGGAAAGUACCUGAACGUGGUGCGCGAGUGCGGCCGUGACGUGACGUGUCCCGACGCCAAGGAGGUGGUGUACACGCUGAAGGAGCGCGCCUACGUGGAGCACAUCGAGAAGGCCUUCAACUACGCCAGCAAGGUGCUUCUGCGCUUCCUGCUGGAUGAGAAGGAGCUGGUGGCGCGCCUCAGGUCCAUCAAGCACUACUUCCUGCUGGACAAAGGCGACUUCUUCGUGCAUUUCAUGGACCUGACGGACGAGGAGCUGAGGAAGCCGGUGGACGACAUCGUCCCGCCCCGGCUGGAGGCUCUGCUGGAGCUGGCGCUGCGCAUGAGCACGGCCAACACCGACCCCUUCAAGGACGACCUCAAGAUCGACCUGAUGCCCAACGACGUGAUCACCCAGCUGCUUCGGGUGCUGGCCAUCGAAACCAAGCAGGAGAAAAGCGUGGCCCAGGCCGAGCCCGGCGACGCCGCCCUCAGCGGCUUGGAGGCCUUCUCCUUCGACUACGUGGUCAAAUGGCCCCUGUCGCUCAUCAUCAGCAGGAAAGCCUUGACCAGGUACCAGAUGUUGUUCCGCCACAUGUUCUACUGCAAACACGUGGAGCGGCUGCUAUGCAACGUGUGGAUCAGCAACAAGCACGCCAACCGUCACUGGUCGCACGCCGCCAAAUGGUUCGCGGCGGCGUUUGCGCUGCGUCAGCGCAUGUUGAACUUUGUGCAGAACAUCCAGUACUACAUGAUGUUUGAGGUCAUCGAACCCACCUGGCACCUGAUGGAGAACAACCUGAAAACGGCGUCCAACAUCGACGACGUGCUGUGGCACCACACCGGCUUCCUGGACAACUGCCUGAAGGACUGCAUGCUGACCAACCCGGAGCUCCUGCGCAUCUUCUCCAAGCUGAUGUCGCUGUGCGUCAUGUUCACGGGUCGCAUGCAGCGUUUCGCUCAGAACCUCAGGCUGGAGCGACUCUCCCCGGAAGAGGGCCCGGCCUCCGACGCCGGCUUGGAGGCGUCCAUCGUCAACUUUGACAACAACUUUAGCGUUCUGCUGCUGGACCUUCUGGACAAACUCAGCAUCUUCAGCACCAACAACUGCGAGCACAGCAUGAUCAGCAUCAUCUACAGGCUCGACUUCAACGGCUUCUACGCCGAGCGCUUGGAGAAGAUGGCGGUGGAGAGAAGCCACAGAGCGACCACGUAG